AGCUGUUCUGGCGGGAAGGGAGAACCAUACCAGAGGCUGAACUGACAGCAAAGGAACCGUUCUGGCGUUCUGAGAUGAUUGGGCUCACCAUUAUCCUUUCCUUUUGUCUUCAUUACACCUACAGUCAUACCGUGGCUCGUCAUUUUACACGAAUGGAAGAAUUAGAUGAUAAAGUUGGGAACAACUGGAAUCGGGAAUUGGCCUACGACACAUUUGUUGACUGUGCAGGACUUUGUUUUCAGAAUAAAACCUGCCAUAGUUUCUCCUUCUACUCCGGGGCGUGUUAUAUUCGUAACACAUACGAUGUCCACACAGAUAUCACAUAUCUGGGUUCCCCUGGAAUGAAGACGUUCUUGAAGAAAGCCGAAUGCGUCUCUCCAUACAGCCAGAUAGGAGACAUAUGCAUAUGGGUGUCCAGUUCCGCUCUGAAUAAUACAGCGGCAAGAUCGAAAUGUCAGAUGGACGGUGGAGACUUGGUGACCCUGCCAUCGCAUGGCAAAAUACAGCUCGUCAAAGACUUCAUGGCUGCAAAUGGUAUCGAUGUGGGCGGAAGACGCUCAAUUGGGGCCUAUCUGGAUGUGGCCAGUAUGAAGUGGAAUUGGGUGGAUGGAUCCGCACUAAAUGACUCAAGUCUUUGGUGUAACCCAGCUGAUGGAGUCUAUCCAUCAGAGUCGUGUAUACAGUUGGUGAACUCUUGUUUUCAUGACCGUGCCUGCAGAUUCAAUCAUGGGUAUAUUUGUGAAAUAACUCUGUAG